AUGGCAGGAGUCUGUCCAACUCCCCAGGGUGCUGAUUAUAGUGACAGAGCAGCAAUGCCCAAUGAGCUAUUACUACUGCGAAACCUGGCCCAGCUAGACACCUGGCUAUGUUCUUACAAGCAUUCCUGUGUCUGUCACUUUAUCUGGCUUUGCUUACAUGGGUCUAGAUUAAGAGCAGUAACUCUCCAAGUGCAGAGAGCAAAUGCACUACACAUUCAAUGCACUUAACUUCAGCAAUGUGUAUCCCAUAUAUACCUUUUCCUGCCAACAGAGCUUAUUAAACCUGAUAUGCACCUAAUAGAAACUCUUUAUGGAGAUCUUAAUGGAUUCCUGUGCUGAAAGGAAAUUCUCUCUUUCCUUGGGCUGCAGCAGCUCUUGUGAAUUUGUUUGAGAGGGUGCAGCGGUGGUGCUGGCAAACCAGAGUAAACCCUGAGCCUUUGAAAUGAGAGUAAUGUGUGCAGAAUGCAGUUGGUGAUAACCUUUGUCCUUCAACUAGGCUAGUAGCAACACCCGCCAGCAGCCAGUGUGAGGUCUGUAAACAGCAGGCAGCAGAGAUCAAACUUGCUUCUGAGCAGAAAGUAAGGAUGAUAAAGGACAUGUAUAAGUUGUAAUCUCUGGCUGAAUCUCCACGCUUAGCAACAUCCCUGCAAACUGUAGGAGAGAGACUGGCUGAAUGUGGUGGAGCUGCCCCUACGCUCGAAGAAUUGAGAUGGAUGCCAUCCGGACCCUGAACACCCUCCAGACCAAUGCCAGUUACCUGGAGCAGGUGAAGCGGGAGCGAGGAGACCCCCAGGUACAGCUGGAGGCCAUGAAAGGCUUCUUGGAGCGAAGUGGGUUAAAGGUCGAAGACCUGGAUCAACUGAACAUCAUCCACGUAACUGGGACAAAGGGCAAGGGCUCGACGUGUGCCUUCACGGAGCGCAUCCUCCGCAACUAUGGCCUGAAGACGGGCUUCUACAGCUCUCCCCACCUGGUCCAGGUGCGUGAGAGGAUCCGCAUCAACGGGCAGCCGAUCAGCAAGGAGCUCUUCAGCAAGUACUUCUGGCAGGUGUAUAACCGGCUGGAGGAGACCAAGGACCCCGGCCACACCAGCAUGCCCGCCUACUUCCGCUUCCUCACCAUCAUGGCCUUCCACGUCUUCCUGCAGGAGAAGGUGGAUCUGGCUGUGGUGGAAGUUGGCAUUGGGGGUGCCUAUGACUGCACCAACAUCAUCAGGAAGCCGAUCGUGUGCGGGGUCUCCUCUCUGGGGAUUGACCACACCAGCAUCCUGGGGGACACCAUUGAGAAGAUCGCCUGGCAGAAAGGGGGCAUCUUCAAGCCUGGAGUGCCGGCGUUCACAGUGCCCCAGCCUGAGCGGCCCCUGGAGGUGCUGAGGGUGCGAGCCAGGGAGAGCUCGUGCCCGCUUUACCUGUGCCCUGACUUGGGUGCCUUCGAAGAGGAUGAUAAGGCACUUCAGCUGGGGCUGGCGGGCGAGCACCAGCGAUGCAAUGCCACUCUGGCCCUGCAGCUCUCACGGGCCUGGCUGCAGCAGCAGGGGUAUCAGGGUACUGGGGAGCUGAAGGACUUGCAGCCAAGUGCUGAGCUACUAGGCAAGAGACCCGUGCCCCUGGCACCUGCCUUCAGGCCCAGCGGCUCCAUGGUGCAGGGUUUACGGGACACGGAGUGGCUGGGCCGCACCCAGGUGCUGCAGCACGGGCCGGUGACGUGGUACGUCGAUGGGGCGCACACCACCAGCAGCGUGCAGGCCUGUGUGCGCUGGUUCCGCCAGGCAGCCCUCAACGAGGAGAAGCCUGAGGACGGCUCCGAGGUCCGAGUGCUUCUCUUCAACGCCACGGGGGACCGAGACACAGCUGCUCUUCUCAAGCUGCUGCUGCCUUGCCAGUUUGACUACGCCGUCUUCUGCCCCAACUUCGCAGAGGUGUCUGCGGUGGGGAACGCAGACCAACAGAACUUCAACGUCACCCUAGAGAACAUGCUGACCCGCUGCCUGGAGAACCAGAAGAAGUGGAACCAGCUGAUGGAGGAGAAGGUGGGGCAGGACCUCUGGCUGUCUCCCCACAUGAAGGUGGAGGGGCUGGGCGGCCUGCUGAAGCCAGACCCCUUGCGCAGCCCCCUGCUCUUCGUGCCCUCCUCCGAGCGCGCGCUCAACUCCAACUCGCUGGUGUUCCCCUGCAUCUCUCACGCCCUGCAGUGGAUCACCCAGGGCAGGGACCCGCACUUCCAGGCGCCCGCCAUCAAGGGGCUCCACCUGCACCCCGUGGCAGGCAGCGGCGCCGUCUUGCUCAAGGAAGCAGCUGCCAUCCAUGUGCUGGUCACGGGAAGCCUGCACCUGGUGGGUGGAGUCUUGAAGCUGCUCGACCAAUCGCUCUCGCAGUAGCGGGAGCCCGUGGGUGGGGCCUCCAUGCCGCUUUUUGCUGUUUACUUGAAUCUUUCCAGGUACCUUUUACCAGGUGUUCCCUGAGCUUGCUGCCCCCCGAGGUGGGAUGCUGCCAGCUCAGGGCCGGGCACUGCACAUGCUGCUGGGGUUCUUGUGCUGAGCCCUUUGCAGCAGCUGGAUCUACCCCCUAGGACUGGGAUUGGUGCAGCCAGGGUCCACGUCCCGGCACCGGGAUCUUGUGCGGAGCCCCUCGCGGCAGUGCCAUCCGCAACCGGGCACCAGGACUCUCACAUUCAGCCUCACCCCACCUCCCCGGAGCAGGAUCCGUUCGUUAGUGCCAGGAUUGGUCACUGCACUCACGCUGGUGUCCCUGUUGCCUGGGCUGGGGAACCUGGAGUGAGACCCCAGCAGCUGAUCUCGGCCCACAGGGCAGCCUGCGGGGACUGCACCGUACGUUUACUUGAUGUUCCGUGGCGCUGUCCUUCCCGGAAGCUCACCGUCCCCGGCCUGGCCAAGCAGACAGGUGGGGAGCUCUUGCUUGGGCCGGAGUGGAAUUCCUAGUCUCUGCCCUUGAGCUGCCUUCUCCCUAUCCAAGUCUCUGGGCCCCACGGGGGGCUGAGGAAGGCAGCGUUCAUCAGCCAGGGUGAGGCCUUUCCCGGCCAGGCAUUCAGAGGGAGGCGUGCGCAUUGGGUGGACCCAAGCUGAUCAUCAGUCUCCCUUGGCUGGUGCGUUGCCUUCCCUGGGAGCUGCCCCAGCUGCCCCGCAGAACGAGAGUCUCUCCCCCCACCGCCUUGGUACCUUUGUCUCCGCCCUGGCGUCUGUUCGGUUGAGCCGCACCAGCUGAGCAGUGCACGAUUCAGGGAUGGGUUUGAGUCUUGCUGCUUCAGACUGUUCUGGCUCCUCUGGGACUGGGCUUGCCCUGGGUGAAUGCAGCCAGGUCCUGCCACCUGCAUGUAGAAUCGGCUCCGGAAGGUCUGGCUGGGUGCUCGUCAGAGGCUGUUAGUGUCUGGGGUGUGUCUGGAUCGGGGUCCGGUUGGAACUGCCUGUGAUCGAAGGCCAGGAGUGCGGUGGGAGCUGUGUGCCAGGCGCAGAGCCCCAAGUCGUGCUCACUCCCACCCAUUAGUGCUGCCGGGCACGUUCACACAGCCCGUGGGGUGAGAUUCAUGCAUUAUAGUGCCAAGGAGUCUCUCACAAGUGGUCUUGGUGCCCCAUUGUGUGAGCUUCUCCCCGGCCAACACUGGGGCAAUGGGGUCCAUAUGCCCUAUUUCCAGUGUUGUGUAGGCAGGUCAUCCCUGAGUGCAGAGGGGCUUAGUGCAGGAUGUGUCCCCAUCUUUCCCUCCCGUCUCCUGGUGCAGAGAUCUGUGCACUGGGGCUGAGACUCCUGCCUCUCUCCAGUGCUGGGGCAGCGGGAUGUGAGGGCUCUCUGCAUGCCAUUUGCAAAGUGGUUGAUGCCCCCAGACCCGGGUGGGCCAGGCGGCAGGCCGGGCUUGCUCUCUGCUGGACGGUAACUAUGAAUGACUGGUGGGCAGGGCAUGUGGGGCUAGGGGUCGGGAAGCCCUAGUAGCUGAGGAGCUGGGCUGCUUUCUGGACCUUAUGCAGUUCUCUGUUUGUGCUGGUGGCUGGCCUGCUACCCAGGUCGCUUUAUGGUGACAGCUUCACCGCCCGGCGGUGUCCAGGCAAACGGAUGCUGGGAAUCAGCCUGAUCUCUCAGGCUGAGGUGUGAGGGACCCUCGUUGAGCAGGGACUUCAGGCAGCAUCUGUCUGCAGGAGCGGAGUCCCUCUGGCGCAAGAGUUGUGGAAACUGGCUCCAAGCCCCAAGGCCAUGAGCCGCCUGGUGUCAUCACAGCUCAGCCAGCGUCCCUUGCUGUCCUCUGGGGGCGCGCUCCAUGCAGAAACCCACUGAAACCUGCACCGGGCCAGGCAGCAAGCUAGCUGUCCCUGCUUGAAAAAACAGCCCAGCUGGGGCAAGCGUGUUACCAGAGAUCGGUGCUUGAAAGCCACUGAUGAGCAGGGCGGCCUUUGGGGUGUGGGGAGCGAGAUGCUCUUGCGAAGGUGUUGGUUGCACUGGGUGCUCACUGGAGUGCCCAGAUGCAUGGCACGGUCAGUAUGUGCCAGGCUCUGCUGACAUGAGUACCCAGCUGUGCCAGCCCAGCCAUGACCUGACUCAGUAACUAAUAGCCACCUGUCUGCUGUAUCCCUGUAUCCAUAUUUCUGUUGCCCCAGGGCGUGGGCAUUGGCUGGUCCCACUCCGGACACCGGCCAGACUGUGGGGUUGGGUUUUGAACCCCAUCCUCAAACGCAUGCAGUGCCAGGGUGCUUGGGCAGGCAGUGUGAGGUCUGGGCCAUCUAGCCCCUGAGCAUGGAUCUGUGGAGCUGCGUUUGAUCACAGCAAGUCCAGCCUGGUGCUGCUGGGCAUCUGAGCAUGUCUCCCCCUUCUCCAGGCUCCUGCCUGGCUGGUCCCUGUGCUGAGUGGGGUGGCUAAUGGGGCCAGUGCAUGCCGAGGGUCGGUGCAAGCCCUUUUAUGGCUGAUCAUAUAUUGGGGCGUGUGCACACACUGAGCAUGUGGGGCUAUUCGCUGCCGCAGGACCUCGGCCGCAGGGCCUGUGCAAGAUCCUGCUCCAGCUCUGCUACUGGUCUCUAGGAACCCUGUGGGUUGCUGAGGGGAUGAGGUGGCCCAGUGCAUUGUGGCCCGGUCCUAGCCCUGUGUGUCUUGGCCUGAGGGCUGUGGGAGCUCUGAACGAUGCUGUGCCAGAUCAGUGCCAUUCCCAGCGUGGGCGGCUUGAGUAAGGGGGCAGUGCCAGGCUGCACCAGGCCCUGGGGCUUGUCAUACUGAAGGAAACCCCUCCUUGGCCAUGCAGCCACCUCACCAGCUAUUUCCAGUGCGCUGCUGCAUUCGCCCCAGGAGACAGGCCCAGCCCUUCACAUGCUGGCAAGUGUCUGUCCUCCCCUCCCGCUUUACUGCCCCAGUGCCUGUUUCUGUGUAUGCUGAAGGCAGCCUGGGGUCUGACCCGGCCGUGUCUCGGGGCAGGUGUCUGAUGCCCUAACCCCUCCCCAGUGAGGGGGAUUCAGGAGUUGACUUGGGUAAAUCUCAAACUGCUGAAAGCUUGGGGCCCAGCACGACCCCCUCUCAGCAAACCCUGCACAUUGCCUCUGGCCCAGCCACUCCGCGUGGGGGUCUGGGUGAUGGAAUAAUGCUGCUGCCUGAUCCAUGUACCUCCUUCAGCACCUCCGGUGCAACUGGUCUAGCAACAGACUAGUGACCCACGUGGCCUGCUGCAGCCUGCCCCUCUCCCGGGGGCUGGGUUACUACGCUGGCCCUGGCAGUGGAGAUGGGGGGAGCAGCUGGCUGGGCCCCUCCGCACUGCCACAGAGCUGUGCUUUGGCACGCUGGCACCUCCAAGCCCUGCUGUGAUACAGAGGAUUGCUGGAGCCAGGGUGCUGGCUCCGGAGUGUAGCCUGUCCCUUAGUAAGGACCACACAUAAGCCAUGAGCGAAGCAGCUGGUGUCCCUGGGUGGGAGAUGGGGCCGAGCUGCCUAUUCCAGCCAAGGCAAACAUCUGCUAGCUGGUUAGUGUUCCCCUAUGUUGUCCUAACCAGGGAUCGGUCGCCCCCACGACCCCUUUGGAAAUAGCGAAAGGGGCUGUGGUUCUUUGCAGAACUAGCCUGAAGGGAGCCGGGGAGGUGUAACUGCAGCGUGGGUAGACAGACCUGUGCUAGUUUUGAUCCAGCUAACACAAAUACCAAUAGCAAGGAAGCUGCGGCAGCAUGGGCUAGCCACUCGAGUGAGUCCCUAGGCUCCUGGGCGGGCUUGUAAAGGUCAUGCUGCUCUCGCUAGCCAGCGUCGUGUUAGGGACUACACCAGCUGCCAUCACACCUCUGAUUGCAGCCUGAGCGUUCUGGGUUCAAGCAUGAAGGAAGGUUGGAAGUUGCUCCCUGUGUCCAGCCUCAGAUGAAGAUGAAAGGCUGAAUGGUACUGAGUCUCCAAUAAUUUAACGAGCAAUAGGGUUUUUAUGAAAUCUUCUGUAACUUAAAAAAGAGUGCUUCCUGGGAGAUUAGGGUAUGAAAGUGAAGCCAUGGUGCUGCUGUUACAUGAGUGUCUGAUCCAUUAACCUGUUGAUGGAAAUAAAUGUCCUGCUCAUCG